CGGCUCCUCGUCCCCGGUGCGUGCGCUCACCGAGAGAGCCACUGAGGAAGCCCAUGCCACACCGAGCCCUGACUUUGGUCCUGGUCCUGGCGUGGAUCCUGGCCUCUGGCCGGGCGCGAGUUAUGAGAAAACCAAAGUCAACCCUGCUGUUCAAUAGAGAUGACAGAGCACCAGGGAGCACCUGUGCCUUUAAAAAGGAAUACUGGCAUGAAGACCGCUGCUGCUUGUACUGCCCAACAGGCACCCGGGUCUCCAAGCACUGCACCACCCCCCACACGCUUGGAAUCUGUGAGAGAUGCCCACCUGGAGAAUAUUCCCUUAAAAAUGGACUGGAUACCUGCAGACAGUGUACCCAGUGCAGAGAAGACCAAGUGAUGCUGGGUCCCUGUUUUGGGGGUAUCGAUACCAAGUGCCAGUGUAAAGAGCAGUAUUAUUGUGAGGCCCCAGACUGUGAGAUAUGCCAGCGCUGCACAGAGAGGUGCCCAGAAGGAACACAGAUUCUUCAAAAAUGCAACGCUACAGCUGACACACUGUGUGGGGUGCCUGGCUCAGGCUUCACCUCCAGAGGAGACUCGCCCACUGUCCCAGAAAGCCCAUCCAACGUGGUUGGCAUGCCGGUGCCUUGGGUUUUACUUGGCAUUGGCAUUGGCAUUGGCGUGGUUUGCUGGGUUUACAGAUGCUACAGGAAUCGGCAACGCUCCCUUGGUGUGGAUGGCAGAAAGGCCCUGGAUGAGAGCACAUCGAGUAUCCUGAUUGAAGAAGCCCAUGGCAGAGCCUCUACAGUCCCAGAGUCAAGUAGCCCGAGCCGUGAAGAGCAAUUCUCCAAGGACUAUGCUCUGCAGGAUGUUACCGAAGCAGGAAAAAGCAGAAGCUUUUACAUUUUCCAGCGUCAUCUUCAUAAACAUUGGAAUGAAUUUGUGCGAAACCUGGGACUAGAAGAAAAUGAGAUUGCCACAGCUGUGCAACAACAUCCAUCCAACCCAGAAGAACAGAAAUUCCAGAUGUUGCUUACAUGGUGGAACAAAUUGGGAAGGGCAGCAUCUGUUUUUAAGUUAUUGGCCACUGCCCACAAAAUGCCCAUGAUCACUCUGCAGGUACAAAACAUACUCAAUGAUUUAAUUAAUGAAGGGAUUUUAUGUAAGCAAGAAGACACUUGAGGGAAACUUUGUUCCCAUCUCUUUUUUUGUUUUUGGAGAGUAAGAUACUCAACUUUAAGAAAGAUUUUCGGGGGUUAGGCUUCCACAGCAGGAUGAGAAAUCCCAAGAUCUUGUGGAUAAUCCCUCAACCAAUCAGAAGGUGCUCCAAACUUUCUGUAAACAACUAGUUCCUUAAGAAAAGAGCCGUAGAGGCUAAACCGAUUGCAACCCUUGCCAGGUCAGACCAAUUGAGGUCAACUGGAGGACACCAGCAAAAUAUUAUUGUGCAUGCUUAAUGAACUUCAUUACUACUGACACACCCUGCAUAAAAUUAGAGCCUCAUUAACAGAACGGAUCAUGGGACGUAUGACGAGGGAAGGGGGACAUCUUUGAACAUAUCAUGGGGGAAACAUAGAUGAAACGCUUAAGGAAGGUUGUAACCUGAGAAGGAAUGGACCAAUCCAGGCCUGGGAGGUGUCACCCAGAACUAACGGCAUAAAAGCACUCUUGCUUUUGUACUCAGGACUCUCUCCUCCUGAAAAGAGGGGGAGCCCACUUCCGGCCAGAAAUGUCUAAAUCCUCUGGACUUUCUCUGUAGUAAACUUUUCUUGACACUAAAUUUUUGUUGUCAAGUGUGUUUGUAACACCAGCGUCACACAGCUAGUAGGUGUCAGGUGUCUGAGGCUGGAUUUGAACUCAGGUCUUUCUGACUC